CAGAAGAAUUCUUCUCUCCCUCUGCUUGUCAUAUUGGUCUGCAUGCUCUGAACUGGACUUGUGACUACUUGCUGUUGUACCUGGCACAUAUUGGAAAUAAAGAUUGAUUGAAACAAUGCCGGAACCCACCAAAAAGGCUGAUGAAACAGAAGCAGAAAAUGCAUUGCCGCCGCCUACAGAGCAAAAUAAACCUCAGGAGGAUGGAGAGGCACCAGGAAAAGAAGAAAAGGAGAGCGAAAUAAUGAUCGUAAUUCUACCAUCAGACGGGAACGUCAGCGAAAUGACAUCUUCUUCAGAAGAUGAAGAUGAUGCUACAACAGCAGAUGGGGCUAAUCGGUCUGGAGACAGAAAGGACUCAGUAUGGUCCAUGGGUGAUGGUGCACCUGAAGAAGGCGAGAAGCAAGACAAUUCCCAGAAGUCUGUCUUAUUUCUUCAAAAACCUAAGGGUGGUUCAAUUACUGUUGGACAAAAUAUCACAUUCAUAGCCAAAGUAGAAGCCCAGGAUCUUCUUCGAAAGCCAACUAUUAAAUGGUUCAAAGGGAAAUGGAUGGACCUGGCCAGCAAAGUAGGGAAGCACCUUCAGCUAAAGGAAACAUUUGAGCGCCAUACCAAGAUUUAUACAUUUGAGAUGCAGAUCAUUAAAGCUAAAGAAAAUUAUGCAGGAAAUUAUAGGUGUGAAGUAACAUAUAAGGAUAAGGUUGAUAGCUGCUCUUUUGAUCUGGAAGUUCAUGAAUCUUCAUCUGCACCAUCAAUUGAUAUUCGUUCUGCAUUCAAAAGAAGCGGUGAAGGACAAGAGGAUGCAGGAGAACUUGACUUUAGUGGUCUCCUGAAACGUAGGGAAGUUAAACAAGAGCCUGAAGAACCUGAUAUAGAUGUGUGGGAGCUUCUGAAAAAUUCCAAUCCUAAUGACUAUGAGAAAAUUGCAUUUCAGUAUGGAAUCACUGAUCUGAGGGGCAUGUUGAAACGCCUGAAGCGCACACGCAGGGAAGAAAAGAAGAGUGCAGCUUUUGCUAAGAUUUUGGAUCCGGCAUAUCAAGUGGAUAAAGGAGGUAGAGUAAGGUUUGUGGUGGAGUUGGCUGAUCCUACAGUGGAACUCAAGUGGUAUAAAAAUGGCCAAGAAAUACGACCAAGUGGAAAAUACAUUUUUGAGCACAAGGGUAAUGAAAGAAUCUUAUUUAUCAGCAACUGCAUGCUGACGGACGAUGCUCGCUAUCAUGUGACUGCGGGUGAUGAGAAAUGCUCCACAGAACUGUUUGUAAGAGAGCCUCCAGUGAUGGUGACAAAAGGCCUGGAAGAUACCAAUGGUUAUAUUGGUGACAAAGUAGAAUUAUCAGUUGAAGUGUCUGAAGAUGAUGCAAAUGUGAAAUGGUUUAAAAAUGGUGUGGAACUGCCCCUUGAUGGUAAAUCUCGAUACAAAGUGAAAGUUGAGGGUAAGAAACACACUCUGAUCAUAGAUGAAGCGUCUAAAUCUGAUAAUGCAACUUAUUCGGUGAUGACAACAGGAGGACAAUCAGCUGCCAAGCUAAAAGUUGACUUGAGACCACUGAAGAUAUUGCAUCCCUUGGAAGACCAGACUGUGAGGCUUGGCAAAGAGCUCUCUCUGAAAUGUGAGAUCUCUGAGAAUGUAGAAGGGAAGUGGUACAAAAAUGGGCAGCUCCUCCAGCCAAGUGACCGGAUCAAGAUGUAUCACAAGGGAAGAAUCCACCGGCUAAUCAUAGAUAGCUCACUUGUUGAGGAUGAUGGCGAGUACAUGUUUGUUCCAGAAGCCUAUAAUGUCAACAUCCCUUGCAAAGUUCAUAUUAUAGAUCCACCUAAAAUCCACCUGGAUGGGCUUGGUGAAGGUAAUACAGUGACAGUCGUAGCAGGAACUAAGUUACGACUUGAGAUCCCUAUCUCUGGAGAGCCUGCUCCCAAGGUUAUGUGGAGCAGAGGGGACAAGUGGCUCAUGGAUCCUGCAAGCAGAAUACGGGGAGAGAGCUAUCCAGACAGCAGUUGCUUGGUGAUCGAUUCAGCUGAAAGGGAAGACUCGGGUGUCUACAGAAUAAUGCUAAAGAAUGAGGCUGGAGAAGACACAGCUCACAUCAACAUCAAAGUGGUUGAUAUUCCUGACCCACCUGUGGCACCAAAUGUGAUUGAAGUGGGAGAAGAUUGGUGUAUUAUGACCUGGGAACCUCCAGCAAAUGAUGGUGGAUCCCCAAUCUUAGGGUAUUACAUUGAAAGAAAAAAGAAACAAAGCUCCAGGUGGAUGAGACUGAACUUUGACCUUAUUAAAGAAACAACUUUUGAGCCCAAAAAGAUGAUUGAGGGAGUUGCCUACGAAGUCCGUGUGUUUGCAGUCAAUGCCAUAGGCACUUCUAAACCAAGCAUGCCUUCAAAGCCUUUUGUGCCACUGGCUGUCACCAGUCCACCCACCUGCCUGGCAGUUGAUUCCGUAACAGAUACUACAGUUACCAUGAAAUGGCGGCCACCAGACCAAAUUGGAGCUGCAGGUUUAGAUGGCUAUGUUAUAGAAUAUUGCUUUGAAGGAAGUCCCCAGGCACCCACUACAGAGGGCAUGGGAGACAGUUGUACACAGCAAAAUAAUAGUGAGGAGGCGGACGGGGGCCUGACGCAGACUGAAGAGAAGACACCCAAACCCUCGGAAGAAUGGAUCGUGGCCAAUCCAGAGCUAACCGACAAAACAAAAUUCACCAUUACUGGUUUGCCAACUGGAUCAAAAAUCUUUGUCAGAGUAAAAGCUGUGAAUGCUGCAGGUCCCAGUGAUCCUCGGAUGCACCCACAACCCAUUUUAGUUAAGGAAAUUAUAGAACCUCCAAAGAUUCGCCUGCCAAGACACUUAAAGCAAACCUAUGUUAGAAGGGUUGGAGAAGCUGUGAAUCUUGUUAUCCCCUUCCAGGGAAGACCAAGAGCUAAGGUAUCUUGGAAGAAAAAUGGUGCCCAUGUAGACAAGAGCCAGAUUAAUAUCCGCAACAGUGAAAAUGACACCAUCAUCUUCAUCCGAAAGGCAGAAAGGAUCCAUUCAGGGAAAUAUGACAUGAAAGUCAAAGUCGAUAACUUGGUGGACAGAGCCACAAUAGAGAUUCAAAUAGUUGAUCGUCCAGGCCCACCCCAAGUUGUAAACAUUGUAGAUGUCUGGGGAGAGAAUGUUGCUUUGGAUUGGAAGCCACCAAAGGAUGAUGGCAAUGCAAACAUUACUGGCUAUACAAUUCAAAAAGCUGAUAAAAAGAGUAUGGAAUGGUUCACCGUGAUUGAACACUACCACCGAACCAGUGCUACCAUUACUGAACUUGUCAUUGGGAAUGAGUAUUACUUCCGGAUCUUCGCUGAGAAUAUGUGCGGUCUCAGUGAGGAUGCAACCAUGACGACAGAGAGUGCUGUGAUUGCAAAGGAUGGUAAAGUCUACAAAAACCCAAUUUAUGAGGACUUCAAUUUCACGGAACCACCAAUGUUCACUCAGCCUCUAAUAAACACAUAUGCGGUCUCUGGUUACAAUGCAACUUUGAACUGCAGUGUCCGGGGAAAUCCCAAGCCCAAGAUAACAUGGAUGAAGAACAAAAUAGUUAUAAUGAAUGACCCACGGUACAGAAUGUUUGGUAACCAGGGUGUCUGCACUUUGGAGAUCCGCAAACCCAGCCCCUAUGAUGGUGGGACAUACACUUGCAGAGCUGUCAAUGAUCUUGGUGAGGCAGAUGUUGAAUGCAAACUGGAAGUUAAAGUGAUAUAUCAUGGAGUAAUUACCCCAGGAGAACCAAUCUUCUUGGCGGGGCAGAAACAGUUGCACAGUAAGGAUUUUUGAAUGUAUAGUGUCAUCUAAGGUGGGGUCUCAUUCUUCAGACUACUAAUGCAAGGGGUGCCCCCACAUAUCAUUGAUUCCUAUAUGCAAGAAAUACAAGCAGGCAACCCUGAGGAAAAGUAAAGAUGCCACAAUGUUUCUCUGCCACUGCGCUGGAGCGCUGCAGCAUUUUAACUCCUACCACAACUGUUCUACAGCAUGGUCCAGUUUAUUGCCCCUCCCCUCUACCUGUUGCUGCUGCUAGUGAAAAGGAAAUUCUCGCAUGGAUUGCUUUUUGGAGUUGAACUGAAAUGUUGAGGCUUACCCACCUUUUGUGAUGUUCCACAUCGUUGUGUCUUUCUGCUUUGUUGUUGUUGUUCUCUCUCUCUCUCUCCCUUUUUAAAAUGCCCAUAAGAAGAAAAGCUAAGCAAUACGCAUGGGAGCUAAUCUUUUAGUUAACUAGAUGACUAGAUAUAUUUUUUUUCUGUCAGAGUGAGAUGCAGAUUAUCACUGAACUCAGUGGCAAAUGCAGUCAGGCCUUGAAACACAUACCUCUUUUGAUAAAUAAUGGAUCUAACACUUUUAAUAGGCUGCUACAAAUGGAUUGUUUAAUACACAUGGUUUGCAGCAUCUAACAGUUAUUUCAGCUAAAUGCAUCUUCAGUUUAAAUAGUUGUAUUUCCUGUCACUCAUUUGUGAAUCACAUUUCUCUUGGCUGUUAUUAAAAGUUUUAUGUAAUGUACAAUAAAGCUGAAGUGUUUAAGACCUA